UUUGGAUGACAGGCUUCUUCAAUCCACAAGGAUUUCUGACAGCAAUGCGUCAGGAAGUAACACGAGCUCAUAAAGGAUGGGCACUUGACUCGGUCGUAUUACAAAACCAAAUAACUCGCUACAACAAAGAGGAUAUCACCGAGUAUCCACAGGAAGGUGUAUAUGUUUAUGGUCUCUUUUUGGAGGGUGCUUCGUUGGAUCGCCGCAGCGGUAAAUUAAUUGAAUCGAAAAUGAAAGUGCUUUACGAGCAAAUGCCAGUGAUUUACAUUUAUGCUAUUAAUACCACGGCCGGAAAGGAUCCCAAGCUGUACGAGUGUCCGAUUUAUCGUAAACCACAACGCACAGACUUGAAAUAUGUUGGUUCCAUAGAUUUCGAAACGGAUUUUAAUCCGAAACAUUGGACGCUGCGUGGCGUAGCCUUACUAUGUGAUAUUAAGUGAAAGAUUUAUUUUAGGGAUGCAAAAGGAUAUAGUUU